UUAGUUUCCUUGACUUUUGGCUCGAUGGGUCCCCUCCACUGGCCUGGACGGGGGGACCUGGUGACUGCUGAAUCUGUGGACGACUCACUAGCAGUCUUUUUGGAAAUUUUAACGGAAAUAUGCCGUAAAAUGAGCAGGUCGUGGCCGCCAUGUUCCUUCGGUAAUCAAUGCAGAAUCAUCGUUCGUUAUUUGACAUUUAGCAGGACACAACCUGUGAUGCUUGUAGGACUACAGUAGACACCUGUGAGUUGUAAGAUGUCUUCACAGAACUCCUGUCCCCAUCUGGGGACCUUAGGAGACAUUUCCAGAGAGGAUCUCUUACAGAAAGCUAAGGGAUCAUGCAGCUCCUGCCCAGCUGUAGGGCCCAACCUGUGGGCUUGUCUACAGGCAAACUGCAAUUAUGUGGGAUGUGGAGAAUCUGCAGUGGACCACAGUACCCAUCAUGCCGUGACGGUGAAGCAUGCCCUGACCAUGAACCUGACCACGUUCCGUACCUGGUGUUACUCCUGCGAGACGGAGGUCUUCCUGGACAAGAACGCCACGUCGCCUGGCAACAACAAGUCCUCCCCGUACAAACGGUCAACCGGCCAAUCACAGACAUCUCAAGACCAGAGAAACGGUGGAGGGGAUGGUGCACCACGUGUACAGGAAGACUACAUGGAUGACCCUGAUAUAAAACCAAAAGUAGUGGAUGACUCUCCCACAGGUCUGACUGGACUACAGAACAUCGGGAACACCUGUUACAUGAAUGCUGCGCUGCAGGCACUGUCCAACUGCCCUCCUCUGACCAACUAUUUCCUGGAGUGUGGAGGCAUGGUUGGCAUGUCAAAGACAGAGAAGAAACCUGGACUGUCCAAGAGCUACCUGAAACUCAUGUUAGAAAUGUGGCAUAAGAAAAGACCAAGUUAUUUGGUACCUGUUGCUAUAGCCCAUGGAAUCAAGAUGGUCAACCCUAUGUUCAGAGGGUAUACACAACAGGACUCCCAAGAAUUCCUGCGCUGCUUGAUGGACCAACUGCACGAGGAACUGAAGGAGCCAAUCACAGAGUUUGAGGACUACACCUGCCCGACCAAUGAGGACAGGUCUCCCACAGCGUCCAGUCCCAGCAUUCCCAUCCGCUCCUCCGACUACUCCUCCAGCCACUCAGACGAGGAGUACCACUCCUGCGAAUCCGCGGGAAGCUCGGAGCAAAACACUCCAGACGAGUCCUGCAUUCCCAACAACGACGUCAGGACGGCGCAGUCCAUCCCCCGCAGCUCGUCAGACAGCGACAUCCGCACCCUGGACUCCCGCGAGCAGAGAGCCAACGCCAGGAACCGCAGCCGCGUCCUCUCGGAGCCCAGCGACUACGUGUCGAACCUCAGGACCCGCUCGCCGCGAAAACGGGUCAAGUCGUGUCAGGGGUUCGUACGAGAGACUCAGAGUAAAGAGGAGAGCAAGCGACGGCGGGGGUCGCGACACGACAUCGACGCAGACGUGGACGAGUCCGGCGAGGCGGCUGAGACCGGUUCUGUACCGGAUUCGGACUCCGGGUGUUCCAGCAGUAGCCCCAUGAGAGAGAGCCCUCCCCACAGCCGCUCUAACAGCCCACAGGGCAUCAGGAGUGCCAGUCAGCCAAACAGUCCCAUGAAGGCCAGUCUAAAAGACGUGCAGCCCACCUUCAAAUCAGCCCAGAGAAAGAAGAGAAAUGUCCGACAUCACAGCAUCAUUUCUGACGUGUUUGAUGGAAAGAUCCUGAGUUCUGUCCAGUGUCUGACCUGUGACCGUGUCUCCUGCACCAAGGAAACUUUCCAGGAUAUCUCCCUCCCUAUACCCAGUAAAGAGGACCUGGCCCUGCUCCAUUCAGCACAAGGCCCGACCCUGAAGAGCUCCUGUACUGAUGCCUACACUACCUCACAGGGAUGGGUGGGGUACUUCUAUGACUGGCUCAAAAGCUGGUUCUGGGGCCCACAGGUGACUCUAGACGACUGUCUGUCUGCGUUCUUCUCCGCUGAUGACCUGAAGGGAGACAACAUGUACAGCUGUGAGAAGUGCAGGAAAUUAAGAAAUGGACUGAAGUUCUCCAAAGUGCUGGAACUGCCAGAGAUCCUGUGUAUCCACCUGAAGAGAUUCCGCCAUGAGGUGAUGUACUCCACUAAGAUCAACAACUACGUGUCCUUCCCACUGGAGGGGCUGGACCUCAGGCCUUUCAUGGCUAAAGAGAGCCAGUCACAAGUGAUGACCUAUGACCUGGUUGCGGUGAUCUGCCACCACGGCACGGCGAAUGGCGGACACUACACGGCGUACUGCAUGAACCACCUGAACGGGCAGUGGUACGAGUUUGAUGACAUGUACGUCACCGAAGUCCUGGAGUCAGCGGUCACCAAUGCAGAGGCCUAUGUCCUAUUCUACAGAAAACGUAAUGAAGAUAUGGAACGGGAGAGACACAAAGUUGCCAACCUGGUCAGCACUAAAGAGCCUGGCCUGAUGAAGUUCUACAUCUCCCGUCAGUGGCUCCACAAGUUCACCAUGUUCGCUGAGCCUGGACCAAUCAGCAACAAUGACUUCUUGUGCAGACAUGGAGGUAUUCCACCACACAAGUCUUCGUUCCUAGAAGACUUGGUAACCACAGUACCAGAGCCAGUAUGGGAGUAUCUGCUGGACAAGUUCGGAGGCGGUCCUGUAGUGAACCACCUGUUCGUGUGCGCCACCUGUCAGGUGGAGCAGGAACGGCUGGAGAAACGCCGCAAGAUCGAGAUGGAGACUUUCAUCAAGUUGAACAAGGCAUUCCAGGAAGAAGACUCACCCCCCAUCAUCUACUACAUCAGCAUGAAGUGGUUCAGGGAGUGGGAGUCAUUUGUAAAGGGGAAGGAACAAGAUCCCCCCGGACCAGUGGAUAACAGUAACAUUGCCACAGGAAAGGGUCUCGUUUCUGGACUCAAACCAGGCUCAGAUUCCGGUCAGAUCUCAGAAGAGACGUGGCAGUUCCUGGUGUCUAUCUACGGAGGGGGUCCUGAGAUCAUCCAGCGUCAGACACAGGCCCUGCCUGACGACACGGAACAGGGGGACCAGGAGCCAGAGGGGGGUGGGGAGGAGGAGGGGGGUGAGGAGGGGGAGGAGGAGGAGGACCAUGGGGAGAAGAAGAUUCAGCAGGAACUGUAGCUGAAGAAAUGAAGACACACAAGUCAUGUAGUAUGGAAAUGAUGUCAGACUUUGCUACAGUCACAUUUCCACACAUAGCCUCGUAUCUAAACCUAUUACAGCUUCCGGUUCUCUUUUUGAGAAAAUAAGAGAGACUUGGCAGCUGGUUACAAUAGCUUUGGAUACCAGGUUAUUCCAAACCAGGCCCUGUCGAUGUUUUCAUGAUUAGGUCACAGCUUGGAUCUGGCAUAUUUUCCCCCAUGAUCAUUGCUGAUUUUAAAACCCUUGUCCUGCGGACAUACAGUACCAUAUAUAUAGAACUCUGUAUAGGUAUGAUUUGGGGGUAUUUCUCGUGCAAUGCAUCACACCGCAGCGAAUGAAACGCAACGAAUGUGGAAGUAA